ACGGGAUGUAAACAAACGUGAUCCAAAACAAACGAGCACGCGCAUAUUGCCGGGUUUUCUACGCCGCUAUGCAUUUUUGAUAAGAAAAAUGGUUUUUAUUCAAAAUUAUCUGUUAAAAUCUGUCAACAAGCCAAUCCGCAACUACCUAAAGAGCCGGUUCCUGGACACACUGCGGAUAACGGCGAAGGGUGGCCACGGGGGAAAUGGACUGCCCAAGUACGGCGGUGUCGGCGGGCAGGGCGGUGCGGUCUAUUUCGUCGCCAAGGAGGGAAAAUCGCUGCGCGAUGUGGUGAAGAAGUAUCCGAACAAGCGUGUCGUCGCCGGCAAUGGGGAGGAGAGCUCGAAAGCCCGAAUACUCGGCCGGAGGGGUACGGAUCAAAAGGUGGAGGUGCCGGUCGGUAUACGGGUGCUGGAGCAGGAGUCGGGGCUGCUUUGCGAGUUGGAUGAGGAAGGUAAAACCUUUCUAGCGUCCGGUGGUGGAAGUGGCGGAUGCUCGGGCAACUCCUUCCUCGGUAAACCCGGACAACUGCGUACGCUCACGCUGGACCUGAAGCUGAUCGCAGACGUGGGAUUGGUGGGAUUUCCAAACGCGGGCAAAAGUACACUCGUAAAAGCGAUCUCGAAUGCAUCCCCGAAGAUUGCAUCCUAUCCAUUUACAACAAUACGGCCACAAAUUGCAACGAUAGAGUACGAAGACUACCGGCAAAUAACGAUAGCCGAUCUGCCCGGAUUGAUCGAGGGAGCGCACGCCAACUUUGGUAUGGGUCACAAGUUCCUGAAACACGUGGAACGAACCCGGCUGCUGCUGAUCAUGGUGGACGUGUUUGGGUUUCAGCUAAGCCAGCAGCAUCAGAAACGGAACUGCCUGGAGACGGUGUACGCGCUGAACAAGGAGCUGGAGCUGUACGACAAAACGCUGCUCGACAAACCGUGCGUACUGAUCAUCAACAAGAUGGAUAAGGAAGGUGCCGUGGAAGAGAUUUGCAAAUAUGAACAAUAUUUCCACUCGCUGGAGGAUGGUCUUAAAAUGUGUCCCGAAGAGUUGGUACCCUCCAAGCUGCUCUCAAUCGACGCGGUGAUACCAAUAUCCGCCAAAAGCAUGAAGGAAAUUGAAAAGGUGAAGCAAGAAGUGCGAACCAUUCUCGAUUUGAAGGCCGAAGAAAAGCUGCAGGAAGAAUCUUCGCUCGAUAGGAAUGAGCAGUUGCAGCUGAAGCUAAGAGAACGAGGCCCCAAAGUUGUAUGAA